AUGGGAGUUUUGAAAAUAGAAAAGUCUUGUGAAAGUAUUAAGUAUUUAAAGGAAAAUUGUGGGUAUUUAAGUGAUGAAUUCCAAGAAGUGGAAUCUCAUUCGAAAAAAUUAAUUAAUUAAUAAUGUUAAAUAAUAGAAUUUAUAACACCAAAAGAUAUAAAUGAUAUUAGUUGGUGUGUUGAUAAUAAUAUAGAUUGCAUAUGUAUAUCUAAUGUUCAAUCUUCUAAAAAUUUAAAAGCUGUAAAAAAUAUAAUUGGGAAAAAUAAAAAUAGUAUAUCAUUAAUAGCUAGAAUAUAAUCUAAAGAAGCUGUUGAAAAUAUAGAAGAAAUAAUAAAAGAAUCUGAUGGCAUAUAAAUAGCUAGAGGAUAUUUAACUAUACAUAUGCCUGUAGAAAAGUUAUUUGUAUAAUAAAGAGAAAUGAUAAAAAAAUGUCAUGAAUAUAUGAAGCCAGUAUUAAUUUCUUGUAAUAUAUUAAAUUCUAUGGUUUCCUCAUUAUUACCCUCAAUGUCUGAAAUAGGGGAAAUAUCUAAUUUGGUAAAUGAAUAUGUAGAUGGUAUCAUUUUAUCUUCGGAAACUUCAUGUAGUACUAAUCCUGUCGAGGCCAUAAAAACAUUAGAAAAAGUUUGCAUUGAAGCAGAAAAUAUAAGAAUUUUGGAUAGUAUUUAUAAACUUAAUAGCAGCUAAUAACUUAGAUCAGCUAAAACAACUAUCUAAAGUUGUAUUAUUGAGUGUGCAAUUUAAACUGCUUUUAAUAUUAAUGCUAAGUUUAUAUUUGCGUUUACUACAAGGGGAUAUACGGCUUUGAAAAUAUCAAAAAUGAGACCUUAUUGUCCGAUUUUAGCAAUUACUUCAGAUAAAAGAGUGGCUAGAAUUUUAACUUGUGUAUGUGGGAUUUAAAGCUUGUUGAUUGAGAGUUUAAUAGGAACAGAAUUUAUAAUGAAAUAGAUUAUUAAUAUUUAAAAAAAUGAAGGAAAGUUAUUUCCAGGAGAUUUUGUGGUAAUUACUUAUGGAGAUAUUGAAGAUAAAGCAAAUUAAACAAACAAUAUAAAGGUUAUUAUAGUAGAAUGA